CAGCCUGUAGGACUGAUCACUUGGAGAACUUAGCAAAGCUCUGUAUUGCUUCCUUCCAUAACUUCAUUCUCCCUUCAGCCAGAUUUUUUUUUUCUUGACUCCUAUGGAAAACUCCACUUUAAAGCAAGAAGAAGAAAACCAAGAGCCGGAGGAAACAGAGAAGCCAUGGGAAGGAGCGGCAGCAGCUUCUCCCCUGGAUCCUGGUCCCCUGUCACCUGGGUACCUGGAAAAGGAGCAAAGGUCAGACACUGAAACCCAAGGCACAAUGAGCCCCUCUUGGGGCCGCCAAUCUAGAGCCAGCCUGUCUCUGGGAGACCUCAUGGGACCAGGAGUGCCAUCCUCCCCUCCUCGGCUUCCACUGGAGUCUCACAUCAGUCCUCCUCCGACUGUAUCUACCCAGGACCCUGUGGCUUCAUCACAGGCAGAGAAGAUUCCCUGUAGGAUUCCUGGCACUGCGACCCCACCUCAUUCUGAUCCUUGGGAACCAUAUUCUGCUGCAAGACAAUUAUCUUCUUACUGCACAAGCCAAACAGAGGAAAGCGCCUCUGCACCCUCUCAGCCACCCCAGUUUGACUUGUGUAGGCCAGGGGGUGCCAGCCAUAAAAAGCCCAAGCCCAAAGGGCUGAGAUUCCACCUUUUACAGGAAGAAGACUCAAACAGUAACUGUGAUCCAGACCAACCUGAGUUUGAGGCAGCUAAUGAAACAGCUCCCAGUAUGCUUGAAGUGGCCACUCAAAAUGCAAAGGCAUACCUACUGAGCACCAGCAGCAAGUCUGGUUUAAAUCUAUAUGAUCAUCUUUCUAAUGUGUUGACCAUGAUCUUAGAUGAGCGUCCUGCAGAUGCUGUUGACAUCAUUGAAAAUAUAAGCAAAGAUGUGAAAAUGACAAAUUUUAAUAAAAAGUUAGAUACACUCCACAAUGAAAAUGAGAUGCUUCCAGCAUAUGAAAUAGCAGAGAAGCAAAAGGCUCUUUUUCUCCAGGGACCAUUGGAAGGAGCUGAUCCAGAACUGGAGGAGGAAAUUGCAGAAAGCUCUUUGCCCAAUGUGAUGGAGUCAGCGUACUAUUUUGAACAAGCUGGAGUUGGUUUGGGGACAGAUGAGACUUAUCGGGUGUUUCUUGCCCUCAAGCAACUUACUGAAACACACCCAAUCCAAAGAUGCCGCUUCUGGGGCAAGAUCUUGGGUCUGGAAAUGAAUUAUAUCAUUGCUGAAGUAGAAUUACGUGAAGGGGAAGAUGAAGAGGAGGUGGAAGAGGAAGGUGUAGCUGAAGAAAGGGACGAUGUAGAAAGUGAAGCCGGUGAAGGCGAGGAGGACGAAUUACCGAAGUCCUUGUAUAAGGCCCCACAGGCGAUAGCCAAGGAAGAAAACAGAACAGGUACCAACAAGUACAUCUAUUUUGUUUGCAAUGAACCUGGAAGGCCAUGGGUGAAGUUACCAUCAGUUACGCCUGCUCAAAUUGUUACCGCAAGAAAAAUCAAGAAAUUUUUCACUGGGCGACUAGAUGCAGCCAUCAUAAGCUACCCACCCUUCCCAGGAAAUGAAAGCAAUUACUUAAGAGCACAAAUUGCCCGCAUUUCAGCAGGGACCCAUGUCAGCCCUCUAGGAUUCUAUCAGUUUGGUGAAGAGGAAGGAGAAGAAGAAGAAGAGGUAGAAGGUGGUCGAGACAGCUAUGAGGAAAACCCUGAUUUUGAAGGCAUCCAAGUGAUUGACCUGGUGGAAUCUCUAUCCAAUUGGGUUCAUCAUGUGCAGUACAUUCUUCCUCAGGGUCGCUGUACUUGGUUCAAUCCUAUACAAAAGAAUGAGGAAGAGGAAGAAGAAGAUGAAGAAAAAGAAGACAAAGGAGAAGAGCCUGACUAUAUAGAACAGGAAGUGGGGCCUCCUCUUUUGACACCAAUCUCUGAAGAUUUAGAUAUUCAGAAUAUACCCUCUUGGACAACACGGCUGUCCUCAAAUCUCAUUCCACAGUAUGCUAUUGCUGUCCUUAGAUCCAAUCUUUGGCCUGGAGCAUAUGCCUUUUCCAAUGGCAAGAAGUUUGAAAACAUCUACAUAGGCUGGGGUCAUAAGUAUAGUGUGGAGAAUUACACACCCCCAGGCCUGCCACCAGUCUACCAAGAAUACCCCAGUGGACCGGAAAUUACAGAAAUGGACGAUCCCAGUGUGGGUGAGGAAGAGGCUUCCAGGGCCACGCAGGAGGCCACUGUACUUUCAGCUGAGGAGAAUGAAGAAACUGACGAUGAAGACGAUGACAAUGAUGACUAACACGAAAUUAGCCCAGUCUGAUGUGGCACCAACACACACACAUCUUUUACGGGGACUCAUUUUAUAUACAUACAUAUAUUUUGAAAAUACAUAUAUGUGUAUGUUGGACAUGAUGGUACAAAAUAUCAUUCCUUUAAAGUUAUCAAGUGAGGGAUGGGGGUGCAGGGAGAAAAGUGGCUCAGUGGUUAAUAAAUAUUUUGCCCUUGCUGAGGACAGUUCCCAACACCCAAGUCAGGUGGCUAAAAGUCUAGCCCCAGUGUCCUUUCCUGCCCUCCACAGCAGCUGCCUGUGUGCAUGAGUAACGUGUGCUAACACACAUAUAGUUAAUCUUUAAAAAAUGUUUUAAAAACUAGGUAUGCUGAAACACACCUUUAAUCCCAGCACUUGGGAGGCAGAGGCAGUAGGAUCUCUUUAAAUCCAAGACCACCCUGGUUAACUUAGCAAGUCCCAGGACAGACAGUGCUACAUGGGGAGACCAUGUAUUGAAAAUAACGAACCUUGAAAAAAUAUAUCAAAUUUGAGACUGCAUAUAAACAGCUGCUUGACAGGAAGUUGCCCAGUAGAUUUUCCAGCUCAUAUGAGCACAUCACUGUUUUAAUAGCUACAACUCAGGUAAUUAACACUUAAGUAAUCCUGAUUGGGAAAGAUCUCUCUAAAAGUUUUUCACUAUGUAUCUCUGGUUGUCUUGCAAUUCAUGCUGUAGACCAGGAUGACCUCAAACUCACAGAAAUCUGUCUGCCUCUUCCUCCCAAGUGCUGGGAUUAAAUUGUGUACCACAAUGCUCAAAUUUAAUUUCAAAUACAGCAAGUAUUAAAAGUUAUAAUUCACAAUGCUUCUUGGAAGUGCCUAGAUUUUGAGUGUCAAGGCAUAUGGAAUUUAAAGCAUUAAUAACCAGGGACUGGAGAGGUGGCUCGGUGGUUAAGAGCACUUAUACUUGUUGCUGUUGCAGAGGACCUGUGUUUGGUUCCCAGAACUCACACUGGGCAGCUAAACAACUACCUGUUAAUUCCAGUUCUGUCAGAUUCGAGACUUCUAGCUUCCAAAGGCUACACACAAGUACAAACACACCCACAAAUAAAAAUAAAUCUUUACAAAAUUA